AUGGAUUAGUAAGCGAUGACUAAUGCUCUUGGGAAUUUAAAGCGGCAGAAUGAGAUUCGUUAGCAACAGAAACAACAAGCUAGUAUUCCCGAUCAUUAAUCUGAGAGCAAUGUUUAUAAUGAUGAUUUUGAUGGCGAUGAUGCUAUUCUCAAUGUUAUAAAAACUGCUCAAGAUCAAAAGCCUAAACCAUAACCGCCAUCAGCUUAGCCAAAAAGACCUGAAUCUUCAAAUAAAAGAACUGCUUCAAUGCCGAAGAAGAAGCCUUAUUAAUUCAAUAAGUUGAAUGAGGGAGAGAAAGAGAAGCUAUUCUUAGAUGUUUAUGAUGAAAAUAUUAAGCUAAAAGAAAAUUAAGUGAAAUUUGAAAAAAUGUAUGGGACAAUGGAAGUUAAAUUAUAAUAAAUGCAAAAAUUCAUGGGGAACAAAACUGUUGGUGCUGGAGAAUCCAAUGAAUAAAACAAUUAAUUGGCAUCAAAAGUCAACAAUUUGGAGACUGAAAAUGAAAAGUUAAAAUAAAAGAUAUAAGCUAUAUCCUAGGCCUAAAGAGUUGUUGUGGCUCAUUAGCCGAUGAAAAAAAAGAAAUUAGUAUAAGCAGAUAGACCAGAAAUGGAAUAGACUGGAAUAAGAGGAGGUUAGUUUGUGGAUUAAUAAAAUCAAAUAAAAUAAUUGUUAGAUUUAAAUGAUAAAUUAAAGAAACGAUUACUUGAAUAGGAAGCCUAAUUCAGAUAAUUGUAGGCAAUGAUGAACUCUAAGAUUGUCAAUCAAUAGGAGUUAAGUUAGAAAAAUGCUUAAUUUGUAACUCUACAGGAGAGAUGCAAUAAAUUAGAAUCGAAUUUAAGUGGUAUGAGAUCAUAAUUGGAUGAUGAACGUAAAAGACAGAGUGAAAUUAUGAUGCUCCUAAGAGAAGAAAAAGAGAAGAAUCAUUUAUUGGAAGGAUAAGUUAGAUCAAUGGAGUUGGCAUAGAAGAGUGUUGUUGAUUUACAAGCAGACUUACAAGAAGCAAGAAGAUAAAAGAAGGAGAUCGAAGAGAGAUUAGCAAUUCUAAUGGAAUCCCCAUUUUUUAAGGAAUACAAUGAAAGAGCUACUAUACAAGCCAAAAUGAAAGCUAUGGAACAGGAGUAAAUAAGGAAUGCUACAGAUUUAAAAAAUUUGAGAGAAACCAAUGCAAAAUUAGAAACCGAAAAUAGAUUGAAAAGAGAGGAUAUUGAGAAUCUUAAAAAAGAGUUCAAGAUAUUAUAAGAAAGAAAUUAAGAAUUGAAUAUCAAAUUGGCUGAAAAAGAUUAGCAAUUACUUCCAUUUAAAGAUUUAAAUUAUUGGGAUAAUGAUUAAUUCUUAAAAGUGUUGGGUAAUUUGAAAUGGACGGGAGAAGAUCCUGCUUGGAGAAAAAUUGAAUUUAUAGAUCGUACUUAUUUAGAUUCUGAUGAUCCUGUUUAUUUGAGAAAGGAGAUUGAACACUUGAAACUUGAGAAGGGAGAAUUAGCUGCACAUUUAGAAAAAACAUAAACAUUACUCAAGAAUCAAUAGGAUAUCUAGAUGGAAAAAGACAAAAUGCAUUAAACUUAAAUAGAAUAAUUAAAAUUGGAAUUGAAGGUGGCCAAUGAGAAAGCAUAUGAAUAUGCGAAGAUAGCUGAUCUGAAAACUCAGGCAAGAUAACAAUAGACUUUGUAUGAAGCAGAGGGAAUCAAAUAUGAUGAUUCUAUAUCAGUGUUCUCAGUUGACAAAGAUGAAAUGUUGUCUCCAGGAGAGAAUUUCUUUGAUUUAUGGGUUGGCAAAGGAGAGUAUCAACCUGCUGAAUUAGUGUCUUCAUAUAAGACUUCCACACAAUUAAAUUUGGAUCUCGGAAGUCUAUUGACAUUUGUUACAAUUGAUUUCUAUGAUCAUGAAACACAACAUACAAGUGUAUCAGAAGGAACAUCUUGCUUUUAUAAUUUGUAAAUAAGUUUUAAAGUUGAUGCUGAUGCUAACUUCAUUCAAUACCUUGAAAGCAACUAUUUGAAACUAGAACUUUAUGUUAGUCAAGGUAGUGAACCUACAAAGAUUGGAUCAGGAUUGAUUUAAUUGAAGGACUUAGUUUAUGAGAAUAAGAAUGAUACUAUCAGUAAAGUUAUUAGUGGAUCUCUUACUUUUCAUGGAAUCAACAAUUAGAUGAUAGGAAUAGUGGAAUUUAAAGCAAGAAUGAGAUAUCCAAUUUCGAAUUUCAUUCGUUUGUUAAAGGAAAGAAACUAAUUACAGAUGUAAGAUUUGGAUGAAGCUGAAGAAAUAGUUGCAGUUAGGAAAAGAAAACUUGUUAUAUGCAUUGAAAAAGGAACAUCUCUUCCUCAAAAAUCUAAUUGUUUCAUCUAUUAUAAUUUUGAUACUAAAGAUUUUCAUACUAAUACUUAGAUGGGAUCUAAUCCAAAAUGGGACUAUAGAAUGGUUCAUGACAUUGUAUACAAUGAAUUGGUUGUCAAUCAAUUCAAUAGAAUGCCCUUAGAAUUAUACAUCAUUGAUGAUAAUCAACCUUUUGGUAGAAGGAUCAAAUGA